UGUGGGCCGCUCCCGAUUGGUUUAGAGGAGGGGGCGGGAGAGAGGCGUGCCCUGAUGUCAUGCCAGCCCCUAAAAUAUCCCUACCGCUCAGGAUUGUGGGAAGGAGAGGAAGCAACCGGAGACGAAAAAAAUAUAAACCGCAGCAACCUUUAGGGGCCUGGACCGGCCCUGUUGCCGAGCUGGGGUUCCCUCCCACCAACCGGGUGAGCUCCGCCCUUACGCCCCGCCCAAGCCGGGGAAUCAGGUGACCGCGGUCCGGCAAAGUCACGUGGCUGGGGCGCGCCCGCCCGUCGUGGCCAUGGCGGCCGCAGGUUCCAGUGUGGUAAGGCGAGUGGAAGAGCUCGGGGACCUGGCUCAGGCUCACAUACAGCAGCUUAGCGAAGCCGCCGGCGAAGAUGAUCACUUUUUAAUUCGGGCUUCUGCAGCUCUAGAAAAAUUGAAACUUCUGUGUGGAGAAGACAAAGAAUGUUCAAACCCAUCAAAUCUUCUAGAACUUUACACACAGGCCAUUUUGGACAUGACAUAUUUUGAGGAGAACAAACUAGUAGAUGAAGAUUUUCCUGAGGACUCUUCACAGAAAGUAAAAGAGCUAAUCAGUUUUCUUUCAGAACCAGAAAUUUUAAUUAAAGAAAAUAAUAUGCAUCCAAAACCCUGCGAUUUGCUUGGGGAUGAACUUCUGGAAUGCCUCUCUUGGAGAAGAGGUGCUCUACUCUAUAUGUAUUGUCAUUCUCUGACCAAAAGGAGAGAGUGGCUCACAAGAAAAUCCAGUUUGCUUAAAAAGUAUCUUAUUGAUGGGAUCAGUUACUUGCUACAGAUGCUAAAUUACCGGUGUCCUAUCCAGUUAAAUGAAGGAGUUUCUUUCCAAGACUUAGACACAGCUAAAUUACUGAGUGAAGGAAUAUUUAGUGACAUUCAUUUGCUGGCUAUGAUGUACAGCGGAGAAAUGUGUUACUGGGGAUUGAAGCAUUGUGCAGAUCAACAGCCAGAAAAUCAUGAAGUGGAUAGUGGUGUUUCCGGAGCAAGCUACACGACACAGAAAGAACCCUUGGAUUUCCGAGAAGUAGGAGAAAAAAUUUUGAAAAAGUAUGUAUCUGUGUGCGAAGGACCCCUGAAAGAACAAGAAUGGAAUACAGCAAAUGCAAAACAAAUUUUAAACUUCUUUCAGCAUCAUACCAACCAGUAAGUUCAGCUAUUCUUUUUGAAACAGAAGAACAAAACAACCCGUGAAAUGGAAAAAGUUCCAGAAGACAUAUUGACACUGAGCUUAAGAAUGUUACACUAUGUAAAGAUAACCAGCAGGGUUACCUAUUUUUAAAUGUCAUUGCCAUCUUUCAUUACAUAUUUUUAAAUCUAUGAAGGAACAAUUCUUUAAUUUUUGAGAUGGCAUGUAAUUUUAAUUCAGCCAUCCUGUAACUAAUACUAAGUAGUAAUCCAGUUUAGCUUUUUAGAAUUUUUUUUAUUACUUUAGGUUUCUUUUUUUAAUAUUGUGACAUAAAAUUGACCACUUUAAAUAUCUUCAGAUUAUUUUUAGGUCUAUCUUGAAGCUACGCUUCAGCAAUUAAAAUCAAGUCACCUCAUUGCUUUAGAUGGAUAAAAAAAUGGGCAAAAUAGAAGAUUGUGACUAGUAUUUAGACUCCCAUUUCCAGAAUAAGAUAAAUAAUGCAAUGCCACAAGAGAAUUGUUUGAUUUUUUUUCACCAUGUAUUACUAAUAGAAUUAAAAAUUUUUAUGCUAUUGGGCAUUAUAUAACCAUUUUCAAAUGAUUUUCCUGUUUUGUUAAAAGAAAAUGGAUGGCUUAUCAAAUGAGUAAUGAAGAUGAAACCAAUUUAUGUUAGUCCAUCAUUAGCUCAUAUGUGUUUAGAGCACAACUUUUUGGAUGUAUUGAAAUUUUAAUAUUUUUGUCUUUAAUAAUAGAGAUGGCCAGAGAACCUAACUUUCUAUCUUGCUUACAGUAUUUCUGUCUACCUCAACUCCUCUUGUCAUCUUGGGAUGAUCUGUCUAAUACCUUGCUGAUAUCCUUGACUUCUGUGCCAGUGACUACAUCACAUUCCAGGAACUUACUCCCAUGGCUACACCUUGAAUGAAAAUCACCAUCUUGUGUUCUCUUUCUGAAAUCUUAAAUUUCAGUAACCGAUAACAAUUCCUAUCUUUCCAGCUUUUUCACUUCCUCAUUUUUGUUGAUUUUUCUUUCCCUGAAUUUCUAUUCUUUUUUUUUUUUUUUUAAUUUUUUUUAAUGUUUAUUUAUUUUUGAGACAGAGAGACAGAGCAUGAACAGGGGAGGGGCAGAGAGAGAGGGAGACACAGAAUCAGAAGCAGGCUCCAGGCUCUGAGCCAUCAGCCCAGAGCCAGACAUGGGGCUCGAACCCAUGGACCGCGAGAUCGUGACCUGAGCUGAAGUCGGACGCUUAACCAACUGAGCCACCCAGGUGCCUCCUGUAUUUCUAUUCUAUCUCUAGCUUCUUUAUAGCCUUCUCCUCUUGACUGUUCCUCUUUCUCCUAAACCAUCAGCCCGUUUCAGAUUUUCUUCCUUUCCUCCAGCUUCAGCUUUAUAAGGGUCACCAGUUGAAGUGCUCUCCACAGCCCCUUCAAGUCCGUUGUCCUCUUGUUCUUCAGUGUAACCAUUCUGCACACCUCACCAUUGAAUUUAUCCUGUCACCCACCUUUUCUGGAAUGCUGUGUCCCAUGUGAAGUUCAUGUAACCCUUCAAGGUGUAAUCCCUAUGAGUGUCUCACCUUCGACUUUGGAAGAGCCCUCAGUAUAAGCCUCUUGUUUGUUCCUGCUGUGGCUCCUCUCCUUUUCUCUUGGUGGCUAACCUAAACCUCACUACUUUUUUCAUGUCCUCUAUCUCCUCCCUUAGCAUAUGGCGCUUGGUCCGCUCUUACAGAAAAUUCAGACUAUGAGGAGUUUAAUUUCUAUUUCCCAGCUUUGCCGUACUCAUUUUCCCCAUUUUUAGAAGAAAAGAGGUCACCUGCUUCCUGUCUAAAGCUGAUCUCCACCUCUCCUCAUUUCCCCUGGAGCUUCUUUUUUUUUUCUGCUUGCCCCUUAGAUAUUGCUCUUCCCUGAAGGUCUGUUUUCUUUUUCCCCUCCCCCCCCUUUCCUUCUCUCCCUCCCUCCCAAUCUCGCUCUCGCUUUUUUUUUUUUUUAACUUUAAAUACUCUUAGGUGAUGUCAUUCAUAGCCCUGGCUGCUUGUGAUAGCUAUGUUAGGCUGACUUCUAGACUUGCAACUCAAAUCCCAGCUUCUCCUGCUCUCUGAGCCUUCUUUCUAACUGCCUAUUAAAUAUCUUCACUCACACAAUUUUGGUAAUUCAGUAUGUCCAAACAACUGACCCUCAUCUUUUGUUUAAAAUCCUUUUUGGUUCAUGUUUUUUCUUUCUUUCUUUCUUUCUUUCUUUUUUUUUUUUUUUUUUGGUCUUUCACAGAGCAAGGCAACAAAGAAUGCCACAAUCUAGUUUCUGUCUACCUUCCCAGUUUUCUCUCUGCAGUGCAUCCCAUGUUAUCAUGUUCUAGUUCAGUGUUCCUCAGCAUUUACAACCCAGGCUGCUUUUUGAUAAACAUUCUGAUAGAACAUCUUGGUAUAAGGAAAAUCUCUCCCUAUCCCUGCCCCUGUCUCCUUGUUUAUCCUUACGCAACAGAGAUUUUUAUUUAAUAUAGCUUUUUAACCAGUUUUACUACAAAAAUACCUUUGUGCUUUCUAAGUAUAAAAAUUUAGCUCAUUUUUAGUAUGGUUUUAGAACCACACGCCCCCUUACCCCCAUCUUUUGGAGCAUGAUGAUCAAUUGCAAAUACUUCAGUUCCUUUCCCAUUGGGCUCCCCUCAGUACUCUGCAGAUCUCAUUACUUCUGCCGGGAAUGCUUUGUCCUUCUUUGUGGCCAGGUGAAUACUUGUGCUCUAGGACUCAGCUCCAGUGAUACUGGAUCCAUAAGGUUUUUUCAGCCCUUUUCAGUCAAAUGUUCCUUUGCUUCUGCUCCCUGAAUGUUCCUUCCCAUGUUAUCAAACAGGUAACACUGCUUUAUAGUUCUUUUCCUUAUGUGUUGGUGAACUCCAUAUUUAAAAAAUGUAUAUUCAUACAUUGUGCUUAAUGAAUGGUAGGCCCUUAGUAAUGUUUUUUGGUUUUGUUUUGUGGGGUUUUUUGCCUUUUUUUUUUUUUUUAAUUAAUAAGAGACACGGUUCUUAAGUGCCGAACUCUGCACAAAAGGGUUGCUGCUAUUGGAUUCCAAACUGCCAUGCCCUCUACACCAGUGGUUAAUAAGGCAAAUAAGAAAUUAGUUCUCAGAGAAGUAAAGUAUUAUGUAGAUUUGGAACCUGAGAAAACCAUAACUUUCUCUUCAGAAAUGGGAACUUCCGUUUUGCCUUUACGACCCUUGGGAACCACUUGGGUCUCUCACUGGCUGGUGUAGUUAUGAGGGUGCUACUGGGUGCUUUUUGUACAACUUUUCCAUCCCCCACAUAAUUGGAGAAUGAUCUGUAGACCAUAAUGCUUACAGUGCUUUUUACUUGGGUGUAUUACAAAACAAUGAACAACAGAUUUUUGUAUGUAUGUGUUAAACCUAAGUAAAUUUUAUUUCAUUUAAGUGAAGUAUCUUCAGGAUAACAACACUCUACAUCAGCAAGGCACUAUAAUUCCCUCAUCAACAAUUAUUAUGUGCCUACUACAUGUCAGGUUUCAUCUUAGGCAUUGAUGAUAUGGCUUUGUAAAACAUCAUUUUGGGGGGUUUAUAUUCCAGUGGAGGAAGUUAACACAUUUUAAGAAAUACACGUAUCGUGUAUUAAGUGGUUAGUGCUAUGAAGAAUAAAGCAGGGUAAAGGGCUUGUGUGACUCUGGAGAGGAGUGCUGUUUUAUGUAUGGUGGUUGGGAAGGCGUGCCUAUCUACUUUAGCAUUAGCGUCUUCAAAUUCUCUCCCUUUGGUUAAAUGCCUUGCUGCACAUUCAGUACAUUCAUAAAGUUUCUUUCUUAUGGAAGUUCUGAUACAGAAUUAAGGAACGAGUCAGUCACUACGUAAGACCUUUUUCCUUUGAUUACAUUUAAGACGUUUUCCAGUGUGGGCUUUACUAAUGAGUGAGUGAGAACCUAAAGGCCUUGUUGUGUUAUUACAUGGGGGUUUCUCUCCAUUUUGAGUUCUCUGAUUGUUACUAAAACUGUUAAAGGAUUUUUUUUUUUUAAUCCUUAAAUUUGUGUGUUUCUUUUGCAGUGUGAAUUUUUUUAUGUUAAGUAGUUAAGUUUCAAAGUAAGCUUUGAAACUUAAAGGCCUAUCUGCUUUGUGGCAUUUAUAGGGUUCCUGGCUAUUAUGGAUUGUUUGAUGCUGAUUAAGUUUCAAAUCAUGACAAGACUUUCCCUCAUACCUUUGCAUACAGUAGAGUGAAGUGAGUGAGGGUUGUGGCUAAAACUCCACAAUAAAAUUACAUUCCUAUCUUUACCCUCCCACUGUGGGUUCUGUGAUGUUCAUUGAAGUGGGAACUGUAUCUAAACGUAUUCUCAGCUUCAUUUUAAUGGCAUUCUUAAAAACACACAACUGGAUAACAUGCUAGUUUGGGAUGACUUGGCACUUUUCUCUUGCCACCUACGAGGGCUCCUUUUUUGGCUCUAAUAAGGAUACCUUAUCUGCAACAGAAUCCAGGAUUCUGUAGUUCUCUAGUGUCACUUCCUUGUAUUAUUUUCAACACAGUAUGAGAUAACAUGUUAGGAAGUAUUGUAUUAAAAUGCAUUUACUGUAUCCAUAAAUAAGUAUGUGAUAUGUAUUCAUGCUGAAGUUCUUUAUUGUUUUUUGUUCUCUUACUUGUAGUGAAGAUUUCCAAGUAAAAUGUUUUGGAGCAUAUAAAUUUUUUUUAAUAAAACCAUAUUCCCAUA